GCUUGUGCUAGUGCUGAAUAAUGAUGAUCCCUGCACGCUUAUAAAACGACGAGGCGGAGAGCUCACCACAGAGCUGUUCCUUGCAGCCCUGCUCCUCUGCAGAGCAUCACUGCACCUCGUCAGCCAAGGUCCAUUUCCCGCCUGCAUCCCGGCACAGCCAUGCUGGGCACAGCAGUGCAGCUCUCGGUCCUGCUCAGCCUCCUCGGCUUUGGGAAAGGCCAAAUGUUUCACAUGGGACCAUGCCCAGAUCCACCAGUGCAAGAAGACUUCGAUAUCAACAAGUAUUUGGGGAAAUGGUACGAGAUAGAGAAGCUGCCCUCAAGCUUCGAGAAAGGAAGCUGCAUCCAGGCAAAUUACUCGCUGAAGGAGAACGGGAAGUUCAAAGUGAUCAACAAGGAGAUGCUUUCCAAUGGCAAAAUCAAUGAAGUCGAAGGAGAACUCAUGCACAUGGAUGUAAAGGAGCCGGCCAAGCUGGGCGUCCGCUUUAACUGGUUCAUGCCUUCUGCCCCAUACUGGGUCAUCUCCACUGACUAUGAAAACUACUCUCUGGUUUACUCCUGCACUAACAUCCUCUGGCUCUUCCACAUUGACUAUGCCUGGAUUAUAUCAAGAGCUCCUGAGAUGCACCCAGAAACCGUGGAGCACCUGAAGAGUGUUCUGCAGUCCUACAAGAUUGACACUGACAAAAUGAUGCCCACGGAUCAAGAUAACUGUCCCCCUGAGAUGUAACUACUGGCACACAGCACCGGACCAGCAAUGAACUUUGUUGCUUUAUUACCCAUUAGAAUUUCUCUACAUAGCAGAGAAAUGUAGUAAUCCCUUCGCUAACACUAGUUUGCCAGUCCUGAGUUACUCCUUGCUGUCGUUCCCCCUAUCGUUCUUCCCCCUUUUUAAUCUCGCUCUGACUUUUGCAGAGUAACUGACUCAUUCAAAACUAACGAGUGAAGAAAAGAAACCCUGAAGUGCAGACAUGAAGCUCUGCUGUUGCUGUGAGUCCUCCAGUAUGUCGAUGGGAAAGGGUAUGAGAUGUGAUGUGUGGGUAUUAGUCCUGGGCAAAAACCUUCCAUCACACCCCCCCAGGUUUGUUUCCUUUUUUUGUCUUGAUGCUUCUGGGCCUGCUAGGAGUUUACGGUGUCUGAGCUACAUUGCGGGCAUGGCCUUACCAGCGGCGACAUCCAGACACAGUGGGUUGGUCCUGCAGCCUGGGAACUGAGAGAGGGCGUCUUGAGUGCUCUCUGGUGUGGGGCUGUAGGCGUAUGUGGCUGCCAGGUCAGAAGGUCUCCUUGCUAGAAAUCAGAUCUGGCUCUUUGUAUCUAAAGUCUAAAAAUGUUUCAUCAUCGCUCCACCCCCAGUGUCUGUAUGUGUCCUCUCUUGCCUCUAGUGAGGCUGGGCCUGCUCUCCCAAGGGUCAGCUCUGAGAGUGCCUUGAAGCAGACAGAAAGAGAUGGGGAUGCUCCCUUGUCCUCUCUUCUGGAGACUUUUCUCCAAACACUAAGAGAUGGCAGGCUCUGCCUGACAUCCAGCUUACUGCUUUUGUACGUGCCGAGAGCCUGCUGGGCACUGGACCUGCCCUGGCAGGUGCUCACCAGGCACUGCGACAACUGUGCUUGAAUAGCAUUGAUGCAGCUCAUUAAAAAUGGAAUCAAAA